GUUGAUUUAUAAUACAUAUAAGUAAUAGAACAAUUCAAGAGCAGAACUAUGUGGCAUAGAGCUUAAGAGUAUUUUAAUAGUCAUUAUGACUUGUGCAAAACUGAAAAUAUGGAAAAACGCGUGCAAUAUGACUUAUUUUAACAUAAGAAAAAGUGAUGAAGGAAAAGCUUUAGUAUAAACGAUUUACUUCCGAAUCAAGUUUUCUAAAUAUACUCUCACUGCGUUCUAACUCCCUUCAUUGAAGUGAACAUGUUCAACGAAUAUCUUGAAAAUCUGAGUGAAUCUAGUAAUCAAAAUAGAAGCGCCAACGGAAAUCAUAAUGUUUCAAACAACUAUGAAAUACGCGAUUCCCUGUGGAUUGUAAUACCAAUAAGCAUCAUAUAUUCAACUAUCUUUGUGGUUGGGGUACUUGGCAAUGUGAUAACUUGCAUCGUAAUAUCAAGAAAUAAAACUAUGCACAGUACAACUAAUUACUAUUUAUUUAGUUUAGCAAUUUCAGAUCUUCUAUUGUUACUAUCAGGAGUGCCACAAGAAAUUUACUUUAUUUGGUAUCGCUACCCAUAUCCCUUCAACAACAAUACUUGCAUGCUUCAAGGUUUUGCAGCGGAAACUUCAGCAAAUGCAACUGUUCUGACCAUCACAGCAUUUACGGUAGAGAGAUACGUUGCAAUUUGCAGACCCUUCAAAUCGCGCACAAUGUCAAAAUUAUCUCGAGCUAUACGAUAUAUUCUCGCUAUUUGGAUCAUAUCGAUGUGCUUGGCAGUUCCACAGACAUUGGCAUUGCAAAUUGACGAAGAAUUCAGCACCUGUACCGUUCGGUGGGAUCAGCAACUGCACGUGUUCACUAUAUCGACGGUGAUUGUGUUUGUGAUCCCGAUGUGUGUGCUAACCAUUCUAUAUAUUCUGAUCGGAUUACAACUUCGCCGCUCGAAAGUUUUGCAACGUAGAAUAAUUCAUAGCAGUAGUGUACGUUUUAAGCACAGCAUUUACAAGAAAUGCUCUCACAGGACUUCUACGAUCGUUGACUAUCAAAAAAAAUCACUGCAACACAUUAGCGAAAAUACGCGCAAUUCCGUCAUAAUGCAACAACAUUUGAAGGCUAAGCUAUCCAUCAAUAUCAAUACCAGAAACAGCAACUUUGGAUCUAUGAGUUAUAAUAAUAUAGUGCAUAAACGCAGUCUAAUGCACUCUAUACUGAAACAAACUAACUCGCUAUCGUCUGAUGAUGGUCGAAUUAAUUAUUCCAACCGAGCGCAUAACAGCCGGCACGUCAUAAAAAUGUUGGUUGCUGUUGUAAUUGCUUUUUUCCUCUGUUGGGCACCAUUUCACGCCCAGCGAUUAUUUGCUGUGUAUGGCAACGAUCAAAAUCACAACGAAGCAAUUCGAAAGGCUUACGAAAUUUUAACUUACAUAUCCGGUAUUCUAUAUUUUGUAUCCACAUGUAUAAAUCCCGUGUUGUACAAUGUAAUGAGCCAUAAAUUUCGAAAUGCUUUUAAGAUGCAUGAACAUGAUGAUCCAAAUAUCGAAGCAUUCGGACUACUAUAUCUAUUAUAUCUACUUAUCCGGAAACGUUUAUGUUGCUGGAAAUAUUUACAAAUUGUUUCAGUUACCAUUCUGGCCUUUUAUUAAUACAAUCGCAUUUUUUAGGAAUGUAUCCAAACGCUCAAAUUCCGAUAGUUCGUUCCCAAAGAAUACUUGUUGUGGAUCCCAUGAAUCGUUGCAGUAACCAGACGCAAUGUUAACCAAGCUUAAAUAGUAUAAUUGAGGCUCAAGAAAUAAGUGAAUUAAGAUCUAAAAUCUACAACCUUCCACAUUACAUAAGGAAUAGGAAUAUCCCAAAUCUAUCUUAAUAUCUUUAUUCAUCUCAUUAUCAGUUGAUUCCAUUUCACACAAGGAAAAAAGCAUAACUAACUCACGUCAAAUUUCACCACGUUAAUGAAAGUAACCACAACAAUCCCGUACAAACGAUAAUUCGGAGAAAUCAUCCCACGAGUCGUAACUAUUCUGUAAUUGUAUACUAUACAUCAUACAUUCAACUCAAAUAUUAGUGUAAAGAAUCGCCACAUACAAAAAAAUAUCACUUCUCCGAAUCGGAUACGUACACGAAUGAUAGUUAUUGGAAAGCUACCCGUUGAAUCUUGUGAAGCUCAACGACUAUACAGGACUUUCACAUGAAAGCUGCGUCGGUUUAGGUGAUAAGCUUUACAGGAAAGUAAAUACAUAUUUUGAAAGCUAUUUAAAAAAGUACAUCAACAAGGAAAAAGCUCUGUAACUAUCCAAUAUCCACCCAAAAGCUUUAUGCACAAACGCUACGUUUAUGUCUAGGGUUUCCAUCUAGGAGGUAAGAGUGUCGGUUGAACAAUGAACAUUCUGACAGAGAGCAAUUUUGGCAAGGAUCGUUAACAAGUCAGUCUUCCUUUAGUCACAUUUAUUUUAAAUGAAACUGCAAUCAUAUUUUAUAACUUUUUCAAGACUAUGUUUUUUUCAAGAUGUAAAAAAUAUUUUUAUUCAAAUCGUCUAUAAUCGAAAUUUUAAAAAGAAUUAAAAUAUGAAUGAUUUGAUACCAAUGACAGAAUGCCUUAAGACUAUCUUCAAUAUAAAAUUUACAUGUGCAUCGCACAUUUACAUCUACAAAAUUGAAGACAAUUCAUCAAGCACUUUAAUAAAGUUCGAAGAUGUACCCAAAAGUCUGCCCUUUUAUGCGAUGUAUUUUGUACGAUCUACCUAAGUGAAAAAGAUAGAAAAUAAAGAUUUAAGACACCGCCAACUUGCUCCGGGCUUCCCUACAAAAACAAAAGAAUGAUUAAUUAAUUAACGAGCCUGCGUGGAACUGCUCUUUAUCAAACAAUACAAUGCAUAACCGACAGUUGGUCAUAUAUACUUGUAGAACAGAACUACAAAGUGUCAAAUCUAGUAUGUACAUCGUUUGUCCCGUAACGCGUUGCUGAGUAUUACCCGAACUUGAUACACAACUGGUGAUCAAUAUUCUGUUCAAACUAGGAAAUGGUACGUUUUGAUGAAUAGUAUAUAGUAACGAGUAUGUGUAAUGUUACGUGAAAAAAUAUCUUGACAACAUCUGUAGGCACACUUGAAUCAAUAAACUCCAUUAAGAUACUGUUCCCUUAUUUUGAAGCACAUCUUAAAAGUAUAUGUAUUUCACAAAUAAAUGAAGCGUAUUAGAAUGAACCAUGUUUGAGGUACAUAU